CUACAGGAUUAGCAAAAUAGUCCAGAGAUGCGUGUAUCUCCGUGGUCACCGCUGAAUACAUUUCAAUAAACCCAUCAUAUAACUGCAGUUCUCUUGUUUAAGUACCGAACGAUGUUUCUCUUUUGUCCAGCCUUCCUGAAGACUGAUAAUAAUAUGUGGCUUUGAGUGGAGGUUGGAUAUAAACUUGCCGACUGGGCUGUCGUCGGCUAGCGCUUUAGCCAGCUCAGCUCGACGACAUAAAAGGCUGCUCUGUCUCUGGAAACACUGUGUGCUCGUUGUGUCAGAUCAAAACGACGGUCAAAUAGGAAUUUAUUGGUGAUUUUCAGAUUGUAUCUUUUGUUUUAGUUGACGUUCACGCUCGACUUGGUUGUGUAAUCGUCUGCCCUGACCGCGGGAUGGAGUAACAUUAGCUCACUUGCUAGUAACUAGCUAACCACAACUUAGCGGGUCCGCUGUGUCUUUGCAGCGUUAGCAGAGCACUGCUGUCGUUGUGCUGGCUAAAAAUACACUUCUUGCACCCCGGAAAGUGGUGGGCAAGUCCUCGUUGGACCUGUCUUGGGCUUUUCUAUACACUUUGAUCGGACUUUGAAACUCUACAUGGUCACUACAGUGGAUUCAAGGCGACUUGAAGAGCGAGUCGGACCCCGUGGUUGGGAGCCGAGGUGGCCUGAUUUAACGUCACAUCAGACCGGCUGGUGGGCUCCAGGUCCCCGAGAGAGCGAAAUCCGGCUGUGGCUGAGUGGCGGCCUGAUAUCAUUUCAUCCUAAUGGCCUUCAUCUGUCAUCAGUAGUGAUAUAACAAGCCUUGGUCUAGCCCAGGUUUGCAGAACUUUGUAAAGGUCAGAGACAAACACCUUGUUUCUACUGUCAACUGUCUGGGUUUGGCAAGACAGACUUCAUCUGUCCAGAUCAAAACACCAUGUCGGAAGAUAACAACGCAGACAAGUUUAUCAAGGAGACAUCCAUUCUUGAUGAGUACAACAUAAACUGGACACAGAAGUUGGGGGCGGGCAUCAGUGGACCUGUCAGAGUUUGUGUGAAGAAGUCAUCUCAGGAACGCCUUGCCCUGAAGAUCCUCAUUGAUCGCCCCAAAGCCAGAAAUGAGGUGCGUCUUCAUAUGAUGUGCGCCAACCAUCCAAACAUUGUGCAAAUCCUUGAGGUUUACGCCAACAGUGUCCAGUUCCCGCAUGAGUCCAGUCCAAGAGCAAGACUCCUGAUCGUUAUGGAGAUGAUGGAGGGGGGUGAGCUGUUCCACAGAAUCAGCCAGCACAGGCACUUUACCGAAAAGAUGGCCAGCCAGGUCACUAAACAGAUCAGUCAAGCCUUGGAACAUUGUCACUCUCUAAAUAUUGCACAUCGUGACCUGAAGCCAGAGAACCUGCUCUUUAAGGAUAACUCUCUGGAUGCACCUGUGAAGUUGUGUGACUUUGGCUUUGCCAAAAUUGAUCAAGGAGACUUGAUGACCCCUCAGUUCACCCCCUACUACGUAGCACCUCAGGUACUUGAGGCUCAAAGAAGACACCAGAAAGAAAAGUCUGGAAUUAUACCUACCUCACCUACUCCUUAUACCUAUAACAAGAGCUGUGACUUGUGGUCUCUUGGUGUGAUUAUCUACGUGAUGCUGUGUGGUUAUCCCCCCUUCUACUCCAAACACCACAGUCGCACCAUCCCGAAGGACAUGAGAAAGAAGAUUAUGACGGGAAGCUUUGACUUUCCUGAAGAUGAGUGGAGUCAGAUCUCUGAAAUGGCCAAGGACAUCGUACGCAAGCUGCUGAAAGUGAAGCCAGAGGAGAGGCUCACUAUUGAAGGAGUUUUGGCUCACCCUUGGCUCAACUGCACUGAGGCCCUUGACAACGUGCUGCCCUCUGCCCAAAUGAUGAUGGACAAGGCAGUAGUCGCGGGUAUCCAGCAGGCUCACGCAGAGCAGUUGGCCAACAUGAGAAUUCAGGAUCUUAACGUCAGCCUGAAGCCUCUGAACUCAGUCAACAACCCAAUCCUCAGGAAACGGAAACUACUUGGCACAAAGCCCAGUGAUGGUUUCUUCAUUCAUGACCCAGAGAAUGGAGGGGAUGACUCUAACGUUGCGCUGGAAAAACUACGAGAUGUCAUUGCACAGUGUAUACUACCACAAGCUGGAGAGAACGAGGAUGAGAAGCUGAAUGAGGUGAUGUAUGAAGCGUGGCGGUUCAACAGAGACUGUAAACUGCUGAGAGAUGGCCUGCAGGGGCUCAGCUGGGAUGGACGCUCCUUCUCUGAUAAAGUCGACCGGCUGAAGUUGGCUGAAAUAGUGAAACAGGCCAUCGAAGAGAAAACAAAUCUGGAAGAAUCACAUUAGCAAACGCUGUCUUUCUAUCCUCUUUUAUAUUGUUUAUUAUUGCCCUUUUAAACUCGCGUGUAAAGAGGCUUUUCUAUGUGAAAUGAUGCGCUAAGUUUUGUUUUUUUUCAUGAACUCACUUGCAAAGACAUUGUAUAGCUGUAGAAAUAUUUCAAAGAGGACUUGUUGGUACUAGAAUUUUUUAUUGGACAUUUGCAAAGAACACUGAAGAAAAAUAUAUUUUCAUUUUUGCAAAAAAAGACAGAAAAGAAGAGAAAAAACUGUAAAACAAUUUAUUUUCAAGCAGGGAGUUUUUAUCAGCUCUCUGUCCCAGACAUCAACUUUUUUUUUAAUCCCAGUAAAUUCAUUUUAUUCUAUUUUAUUUCCUUUUAACCUUCCUAAGAAUUUUAUUUAUUUAAACAAAGAUUUUCAUUAUUUUAUAUCUUACUUGUAGCCUGGCAGUGGGCUCUAAAGUUGAGAGAAGCUAACUGCAACGUGACUUUGUUCUUCCACACAAACUCUGAAUCUCAGACUGAGUUUAAAUUAUAUCAGUUUUUGUUGUUGUGUAACUUUGCCUUGAUCUCGUUUUUUUAUUUGGUCAAGGCAGUAUGGAAAUGGAGAAAAGGUGUCAUGAAAUAGACAAAUUAAACCUCAGAUUUCCUUGUCAUUAACUACUUUUGAAGAGACUUUAUAAAAUAGACCGAAAAAGUAAAAACACUAUGGCUUGGUUUCUUUUUUUUUUCCCAACAAUAACAAUCUUGACACAACGCCCAGUUGCUAGAUUUAUUUUGUAGCUUGCGAUUGUCUCACAGCUUUCUUUAUAAUCUUAUUUCAGCCUAUGGGAAGCUAUUUCAAGCUCUAGUUGAGUUAGGACUUGCUUGUCUAUCUUGACGUUCAAACUCAGUUUAACUCAACAUGAAAAGAUGACUGUGAGCUUAUGAGGUUUAAUCAGCAGGUAAAAUGAAGUGAACCUUUCCAAAUAAAAGUGCAAAAAAUGCUUUAUAUACAUCCUACCGUGUCUGAUAGGAUUCUGAAAGAUCUUAUAAAGAUUAUAGUUUUUCUCAGAGGAUUGGUGAUAAGGGAUGACUGAUGUUUCCCUCAUAGUUGGUUUGCUUUUUGACUUCAGCUUGCCAAUUAAUAUUCAAGUGUGUUUGAGGGCGUUUGGGUGUUGGCUUUACUUUGCCUUUCUGACUAAUUAUGUCAUAGCUUUUGGUUUGUUCUUGAAAUAUGGUCACCUAAAUCUAGCUUUUAAUUCUUCAAAAGCAAGGGCUUUUAUUAUUGUCUAAGCAGAUGCUUAAUCGAACAAAACACCUUAAACAUAUAAGACUACUCAUUUUAAGUUGUCCUUAUGUGACUUGUUCUGAGCUCUGUUGAUUUAAAGAAACAUCUAAUAUAGUGCAGACUAGAAUUAAAGAUAUAUUAAGUUAAGAUAUAUUAGUUUUUUUAAGCCUGAGCUACAGUGCCAUGAAAAAGUAUCUGUCCCCUCUCUGAUUCCUGAAUUUUUUGCAUAUUUAUCCCACUUAAAUGUUUCAGAUCAUCCAACCAAUUUUAAUAUCUCACAAAAACAACCCAAGUAAAUACAAAAUCUAGUUUCUAAAUGAUGAUUUCAUUUAUCAAGGGGGAAACCUAUCUGACCCUAUGUAAUUGCCCUCUUGUAAAUCACGAGUUAACUGUGAUUAACCACAGUUCUUGGAAAGCUGAGUUCAGUUUCCUUGGCAACAUCCAGGCCUGAUUACCUUUAGAGUUGUUGAAUCAAGAAAUCACUUAAAUAGAAGC